AACUAGAGAGGAGAAACGGCAGGCUCGCAAAGCUGGACAUCUAUCUCUGCAUUUGAGCCGACGUUAUUCUUUUAGGGGAGUUCAGUUUUCUACGGAAAUUGAGUGUUGAUUAUGGGAACGAAACAAGGUAAUUAGAAUCGAGUCGAGUGGAAGGGAAUUUUAUUCUGCAUGGAAAUAGAUUGAAUUAUUCUUUGAUAAUACCCGGUCUGGUUUUCAUGAUCUAAAUCACCCAGAUACUACCAUGUCCCUUGCAGUUAUAGACAACAUCAUCGCCCAAUCCCGUUACGCGGACCUCCCAGCAAUCUAUCCCCUUAGAAGAAUCGGAAACACCUCAAACAUUUCCACCCACGAGACCCCCAUAAUCUCUUCCAAGAGCGUCAGUUGCUUUGUAGCCAAUAUCCCAAGAUGAAAGGUUGAAUUUCAUAGGUAUCCGCCAGCUGACCAAAGCAAGAAAAGACAGACUAGCCAUCUAUUUAUGUUUCAAGACAGCAUAGCUGUACAUGCCAUCGAGAUUGCUGCAACUUGCUCCGGCGCCCGGAUUGUAAUAUUCUCCAUCACAGUUGUUCCCUUUCCAGAAAAUAAUUCCAUAUGGUUCCCCCUGGGGAUUAUAGUCGGCAGACCAAUAAUUGUGCUCGAGCUUUUGGUAGCGAAGUGGUCUGCCCCUCGUCUCCUACUGAACCAGGGUGCCAGCCACGACAUCCGUGGCUAGCAUAGAACUUGACGAGUCAAGCGUUGGUAAGGGGAGCAGAGGCGAGAAGAAUAAUACUUAGAGAAGAAUGAAGCUUCAUGGUGGUUUAACAUACAAUGAACUUGGGUCUGGAUGUAGAAACGAUGAAUUUGGG